AUGGCAGAGAUCUUCAAAAAGAUUGAGGUAACCAUUCCCCUUUUUUAUGCUAUUCGUCAAGUUCCCAAGUAUGCUAAGUUUCUAAAGGAUUUAUGCACAAAUAAGGAAAAGAUCCAUGAUUUAGAAAUAAUUCCUUUGGGUAGCUCGAUUUCUGCUCUUAUGGAUGCUAUACUGGAGAAAUGUGGUAAUCGUGAUCCAUGCAUGGUUACUUGCAAUAUAGGUGGUAUGCAUUUUGUGGAUUGCAUGUGUGACUUAAACGCUUGUGUGAGCAUUAGGCCAUUAUCUGUAUAUGAUGCUUUGAAGCUUCCACCAUUGAAAAGGUCGGCAGCCUGUUUUAUUUUGGCAGAUAAGAGCAUAAUCUCAGUGGUUGGCAUUGCGGAAGUCGUCUUGGUGAGCAUUAAGGGGUUGAUUUUUCCUAUUGAUUUCUAUAUUCUUAAGAUGCCCCCUAAUGACUCAGGAAGACCAUCAUCCAUCUUGCUUGGGAGGCCGUUCUUGAAGACUUCUCAGUUUAAAUUGGAUGCCUUCUCGGGUAUUGUUCUAGGCCAUGUUGCUUCUAAUACUGGUAUAUAUGUUGAUCCUGCAAAAGUAGAUGUUAUUUCUGGUUUACCUUACCCCUCCUCUAAAGACGUAGAUUUUGACUUGAGUGAAGACUUUAAGGAAGCAUUUGACAAGCUGAAGAUUCCCUUGACCCAAGCUCCUAUUGUCAGAGGGCCUGACUGGAGUAGGCCGUUCGAGAUCAUAUGCGAUGCAUCCAACUAUGCGGUAGGAGCGGCGUUAGCUCAACACGAAUGUUUGAUGAAGAAACAUGGCAUCAUUCACAAGGUGGCAACGACUUACCAUCCCCAAACAAAUGACCAAGCCGAGGUGUCUAAUAGAGAGAUCAAGCACAUACUCGAAAAGAUUGUUAAACCUCAGAGAAGAGACUGGAGAUCUAGGCUUGGAGAUACACUAUGGACUUAUCGGACUGCAUAUAAGACACCCAUCGGCAUAAGUCCGUUCCGCCUAGUCUAUGCAAAGGCUUCUCACCUUCCAGUAGAGGUGAAACACAAAGCUUACUGGGCUAUGAAGGAAUGCAGCUCAGGAUUGGGAGGAGCCAGAAUUGAAAGAAAAUUACAACUGGAGAAAUUGGAGUGCCUUCGGCUAGAAGCGUAUGAAAACUCAAGGCUCUACAAAGAAAAGGAGAAGGCGGUACAUGACAAGAACAUCAAGAGAAGAGAGUUUAGAGCUGGGGAUCAAGUCCUUCUCUACAACUCAAGGUUGAGGUUAAUGCAGGGCAAGCUAAGGUCAAAGUGGGAUGGACCCUACAUGGUAGAGAAGGUGGAACCCCUUCAAAGAAACGAAAGUGUACGAGAUGUCUCUGGUACGGGUUUGAAGGGUAAAUCGGGAACCUUCGGAUCAAGGCUGAAGCCGGGUCGCUUGACUGGAGCAAUGGGGUGA